AUGUCCGCCAGCAGCGCAGUGGCUGCGGGGCCCCCCUGGAGGAACCACAGCUUCACGCUGGGGGGGAGCCGAGACCCUCCGCUGUCCGACCAGGGAGAGACCAUCAUCGGAGUCUAUCUGCUGCUGCUGGGUUGGUUGUCCUGGUUUGGAAACAGCAUCGUCCUCUUCGUCCUGUACCGGCAGAGAUCGUCCCUGCAGCCCACCGACUACCUGACCUUUAACCUGGCCGUCUCGGACGCCAGCAUCUCCGUGUUCGGCUACUCCAGAGGCAUCAUCGAGAUCUUCAACGUCUUCCAGGACAGCGGCUACCUCAUCUCCUCCAUCUGGACAUGCCAGGUGGACGGCUUCUUCACGCUGGUGUUUGGUCUGAGCAGCAUCAACACUCUGACUCUGAUCAGCAUCACCCGCUACAUCAAAGGAUGUCACCCGAGCCGAGCCCAUCACAUCAGCAGGACCAGCGUGACCUUCUGCCUGCUGCUCAUCUGGAUCACAGCUGGAUUCUGGUCUGGAGCACCGUUGUUCGGCUGGGGGAGCUACACAGAUCGUGGGUACGGAACCUGUGAGAUCGACUGGGCCAAAGCGACCUACUCGAGCUUCUACAGGUCCUACAUCAUCUCCAUCUUCAUCUUCUGCUUCUUCAUCCCGGUGCUCAUCAUGCUCUUCUGCUACAUCUCCAUCAUCAACACGGUGAAGAGAGGCAACGCUCUGUCAGCAGAGGGAGACCUGACCGACCGGCAGAGGAAGAUCGAGAGAGACGUCACCAUCGUUUCCAUAGUGAUCUGUACAGCCUUCAUCCUGGCGUGGUCCCCAUAUGCUGUGGUGUCCAUGUGGUCCGCCUGGGGCUUCCAUGUGCCCAACCUCACCAGCAUCUUCACCCGUCUCUUUGCCAAGUCCGCCAGCUUCUAUAACCCUCUCAUCUACUUCGGACUCAGUUCCAAGUUCCGCAAAGACGUGGCCAUCCUGCUGCCGUGCACCCGCGAUGCCAAAGACACCGUCAAGCUGAAGCGUUUCAAGCCAAAGGCCGAUGCCCAGGGCCGACCCGCUGCGGGAGGCGGAGCUCGACUCAAAGUUCCUCUAAACCGGACGGAGAAGAAGUACUCGCCCGGGAACCAGCCUAACCAGGUCCCUAGCCCAGACUCUGGGAUGGGAAGCCCACCGUGCACGCCACCGCCCACCAACAAGGAGGUGUUCUACAUCGACAUGCCCCGUCCCUCUGAGACCAGCCCUGAGUUUGAAUGUGAGAGACUCUAAUAAACUCACCGGACCUAAAGACAGACCAGCCAGUGUCCGAUGGAGCCGACAGACUGAGUUCUGAUCAGUUCAGGCAGACCAGCAGAGGGCGAUGAUGCCACUGAAUCAUUAAGUAGAGGAGAAGAAGACGACAUCACUUAGUUUCUGUGAUCAGUGACAGACUGACAGCAAUCAGGGAGCUGAGAGGGUCCACAGCUCGUACCGAGGUCACAGCCUCUGGUUCAGACUUUAAAUUCCAGAACGACAGACUGACACAAGGUGGGUAAUUUACUCCCCGAGACAAAGCUGAUCAUAAGACGGACCCUUCCUCUGCAACUUAUUUUCUUCAGUCUUUGAAGAUGCACCACACGUCAACACAACUCUGUUAGUGAUGAAGGAGUCCUGAGUCUUCCUCUCUGCUAGAAGUCAAACAAGGAUUAGUUCAAGUUUCACUUGACUGCGAUAGUUUUGGUUUACUUUGAGAUCAGAGUAAAAUGAGCGGACUUUCAAUCAACUAAAAGUGGACUCAAAAAACAGGAUCGGGUCGACUCAGUAUGAGCUGGCUGUGAACAGUUCGGUUCUCGAGUCCCUGUUCCUGUGUGGACUGAGCGCUGAUGUAACAUAGAACACAUUGUAGAACUUGUUUAGUAGUCUGGUUAAAUGUUGUGCUUUGUGAUUUGGAAAGUAAGGAUCUAAGGAUCUAAGGAUAAGGAACUUCUCAGACCUCCAAUAGAUUUGUGUUUUUUUUCAGUCUUCAGUGUUGAUGAAGUGGUCUAAGACCCCCUAAGACCCCUUAACACCAUUUCUGUUAAAUUCAAAACAUCAUCAGUCCUUCGUUUCCUGCAGAGGAUCGCAGCUCAGCGACGAAGAUACGACUUGUUGGAUUUGUUCUUGUUGCCUGACUCUGGAGAACUAAUGUUGGACCGGUUCUGCAAUGACCUGUGAGGAUCCGGUCUUGGACUCUGUGGUGUGGGGGUUAUUGUGGGUUUGAUCCGGGUUCC